AGGGUUGAUUCUGGGCCCAUAAGAGGAGAGAGCAGACAGCCACAGUCUGAUGCAGAUUCCUGUUUGGUCUCAGUCGACUCACUGAAGACAGUCUGAUCCCACUGACUCCAGAACAGGCUGAAGACAAAAUGUCAACCCAUCGCCAGUGCACCAUUGAGUUGGAGAACAAGUGCUCUGGGUACACCCUGUGUAACCCCUGUGACUACAUUAACAGUGGAUCCUGUGCUAUACCUCCUCCUCCAACACUCAGUCCCUCUGAAUCUGGCAGCUUCCUGUUCAUCAAGACUCCUAACACAGCCUGUGGAUCUGUUGGAGUCCUGACCUACGAUCUGCAUGAUGAAGCCAGCCACCGAAGUGAUGGAAAACUGGCCAUCAUGUUCUCUAAUCCUUAUGACUUCAACCUGUACUCUAACUGGUUUGCAGUGGGAAUCUUUGACAUGGAUACAAAGUGUGAUUACAGCCUUUUUGAUGAGAUGUAUAACAAACCGCAGACAAAGUUUGUCCGAGGUCAAGCUAAAGACCUCAGUCUGAUUUACAAAGGUGAAACUGUUACUGUCAGAGCCACCAUGUCAGACAAUGACACACCUGUCAUGAAGGUUCAGGUGUGCAUCGACUGAACUGUGAAACAUCAUUAAUCAGUCCUGAUUAUGUUACUCUGCCAUGCACCAUUAAUCCCAGUUAGCCCACUGAGUCUUUAAAUUCAUAAUAUGACUGUUAAUGCUCUACAUUAGCUUCAUAUAUUGUUCUUUAAGUGCAUUUCUGCCACUGUCUGUCUGUGAGACUCUAAACUGGAUUCCCUUGUACUGGCACUGUGUGUAAUGACAAUAAAGGUGAAUCUAAUCUAA